UACGACAGUUGUACGUGUACCUAUCCGGUAUUCAGGAGGAAUAAAAAGUAAUGAGUGUUUGGCUAUGAGAGGUUCUCUUCUCCCUAUUCUUUCAAGAGCGGAGACAGAGAGGUUUUGAUGUCUGUGAAAGUGCAUGCUCCACGUUUUCUGACACCGGUUCACACAAGAAUCGGUUUUCUUCCAAACAAACCUAAAUUCUUCGGAACCUCUUUUCUUCGUCGCCAUGCCACCUCUCGCUCACUUCUUCCUCAUCCUCUUCACGCUUCCCCUGCCGUUGUCUCCGCUGUGACGGCUGAGCAGCCGCCUGAGCCUCCGGUGAGGAUGCUGGCUGUUGUUGGCCAUGGCGCUGUCAGCCCUCUCAAGUCUGCACUAUGGCAAGAAGUCAUGCUUCACACUGCAGAAAGACUGAAAUGGGUUGACGAAGGAUAUGAACUUCUUGUAUUUUCCGAUGAAUGUAUUCAAUCUGAUCAACAAAAGGCUCUGAGACUUCAGAGUGAAUUACUGAAGGCUGAUAUAUUGGUGAUUGUUGCUGUUACAGGAAAGGAAUCAAUUGAGUGGAUUAAAAUCCACAGCAGAACUAUACAAAAUGUAAUAUGCUUUGACUCUACAACAGAUUUGAAGAACAAAUUAGGAGGCUAUGAAGUUCACAAUCAAGUGAAAGGAAGUAUAUUUGGAAAAGUGCUCGGAAACUCUCAAUCAGAUAAAACUGGAGAAUCAAGUAAAGUAGUGCAAACUGUAUCCGAAGCAUGGGAUCGACAUAGUUCUGAUGAUAUAAGGUUCUGUUUGCUGGUAUUAAUCAAUGCUUAUAUAAGGCCAGUUCCAGUGUUGAAGAACUUGAGAGCAAAGGGUUUUUCUACCUUGAAGUGCAUGCUGAGGAACUGUGGCCGCCAGGUACUUAAUUGCUUGUUGGAUCCUAAUUGUAGAAAAGCUCUUCAAUGCUUGAACCGGUGCAGUCCUGUUGAUCAAGUAUGUAACUAUAGGUGUAUUGCUUCAUAUGAAAGUGCGAACCUAGAAGCCUUUUCACUCUGUGUAUUACAGAAAAACAACUGUCUUGAGCUGGAAGCAGAAGUCCCCAACAAGCCGUAUGUGCCUCCAAUGGUUAAGUUUCGGGGGCAGGACAUAAACUAUGAAAUGGCAGAAGAUUUGUUUGUUGGUUGGUUGGGGAAUUUGCAAUGGAGCUGGCGUGUUGUAGCUGGGCAGAACCCGGCAUACGAUCAAUUUCCAUGUCAAUACCAACUAUUCUAUAGGGGAAAAGCGAAAGGGUCAUUUUGGUAUGAACCAGUAUUCCAGGUAAAAACAUUAGAAGGACAAAUGGUUUGGAGGAGGAGAAGAUACAGGGUUAAGAGAGGUAAGAUACCCGGGACAUUCCAUUUCAGUGUAUUGGAUAAUGGAGUUGUUUCAAAUGAAUAUUGGACAAUCGUGGAAGUCGCCGAUGAUCUUAGUUGGGGUUUGUUCCACUAUCAUGGAGCUGCAAGAGCUGCAGGGCAGUCUUAUACUGGAGCAGUGCUUGUUAGUCCAGAUGGAGCAUUUCCAAAUGAAAGAGAGAGGACAAAGGUAGUUGCUGCGCUCCAGAAAUGUGGAAUAAAAGAAUGGGAGCUAUAUAAUGUUGAUAAUUGUUCAUGCAUAGAUCCCCCCCUAGGAAUUCCAGAUGGUUCAAAUUUACAUUCUACAGUCCAAAUUGAAGAUCCAAAUCGGAUGCCUGUAUGAUUGUACUUGAAAUUUGAAACUAUAGUGAUUAAUAUUUUCAUAGUA